AGGUGGUGUAGGGUUGUGUCGUGAAUGUAGUGUGUUGUGAUGCGAGGCUAGCGCGUCGGCAUGCGCGCGCGCCACUAGCCAUGCGCGCGGUCACAUGGCGCAGUACUCACAGAGGACACAGCCCAUGCACAGCAAUCGCGUUCACGGGAAGACGAGAUGAGAAUUUAUCAGUUAGUCAUGUUAUUUGUCGCCCACCACCGACGACUUAACUGUCUCGCGUACCAUACAACGUACAUCGCACACCGUACACCGUACAGGAUGCGAACACUAAAAGUGUCUCGAUGUCUCCAUGUCUCAGACAGGGACACAGACAUGGGAUUUAGAUCUUCAUAACAGAAUCGAAGGUGUUGGAUAAUAGCCAGCCAUCUUCUCUAUACAGAUUGAAAAUGCGGAUAAAGACAAACAAAUAUCCGAAACUGUCACAAGCUAGCGUCAACUGAUGGUACCACUUAGGCCCGGACAGACAGAGCACGGGCACGGGGCACUGGCGUACGGCGGGAAGCAGGCGGGCGUGGCGCCGGCGCGUCCCGCCGCGCCCUACGCGCCGCCCUACCCGCCCGCUCAGCUCCGGGUGCACCAGCCCGGAUAUGGAUCCGCCGCUUUAUCAUACAGAGACAGUUACAGCCGCGGCGGCGGCGGCGCGGUGGGAGAGUACCGCGCGGGCGCGCGCAUGUCGCUCCUGGGGUCUGCGUACCUGCCGCCGCCCGCGCCCGCCCACCAUCCGGACCCGCCGCCCUUCAAGAAGAUCAGGCUGUCGGCUGAGCGACCCGCCACGCACCAGCCGCUCCGGGUCGACACCAGGGAGCCAGUAAUGAACACGUACAACAACAGCGUGGAGGUUCUGUCUCCCAACCCUCCCUCCGAGCCCACCGUCGAAGACCAGAGCUUCCGCACCACCAAGGAUGAUCUGCUGCAGCAAAUAUCGAAGGUGGACAGGGAAAUGGCGCUAUCGGAGCAGACGCUGUUGAAACUAAAGAAGAAGCAGGAGGAACUGGAACAGAGCGCCAGCAAACCGGCCCGCGCCGAGGAGCCCGAGGAGGCGCCGCCCAGGCACAGGAGCCUGGCACAGUGCAUCUACGCUGAUAAUAGGAAGAGGGCCGCAUCAGCGCACGCUGUGCUCUCUCACCUGGGUCCGUCCGUGAGUUACCCGCUGUAUAACCAGCCUCAGGACACACAGGUCUAUCACGACAAUAUAAGAAGACACCGCUCCUUCAGGAAACGACUCGCAGACCAUCUCAGGAAGAUCAGGCUCGAGACAGAGAAGCGUGAAGAUGCUCUGACAGAAGAAUACAGUCGACGAGCUGCAGACUGGCUGAGGAGAGUGGAGCGGCUGGAGAUGGGACAGAAGAGAAAGGCCAAGGACGCCAGGAACAGAGAAUUCUUUGAAAAGGUGUUUCCGGAGCUCCGUAAACAGCGCGAAGAACGUGAGAGAUUCAACCGGCUCGGGGCCCGAGUGAAGUCUGAAGCAGAGUUGGAGGAGAUCGCUGAUGGGCUCCAUGAACAGGAACACGAAGACAAGAAGAUGCGAUCCUUGACGGUCGUACCACCGCUGUUGAGAACACGCGACCAUCAUCACCACCACCACCACCAUCUCGACACCAACAAGCGCUGUAUGGACAUGGAAGCUGAACAUAAAGGUCUCCAGCUACGGAAUGUAUGGACUCAGGCUGAGAGAGAACUGUUCCGGGAGAAGUACCUGCAGCACCCCAAGAACUUCGGACAGAUAGCAUCCUUUCUGCCAAGGAAGAGCGUUCGUGAUUGUGUCAGGUUCUACUACUUGUCAAAGAAGGCCGAGAACUACAAACAGUUACUCCGCAAGCCUCGUCCUCGUCGUCACGCCCGCCCGAGACCUGCACCAGAGCCCGAGCUGCCGGCUGGUGUCACCACACGCUUGCAACGAAGUCAAGGAUCUCGUGGCGCUGAGAAGGAGUCGUGCCUGGAGGAGAUGGCCGAGCCCGUCAAUUGCAUCCCCGUGCCGCCCGCCGCCCCCGCGACCGCCAGGGCUGAGAUGGCGAGGACACCUCCUCUGCCCCCGUCCCCUCCCCCGGCCUCGUCCGCUCCUCCAGCUCCCGUCACCAACAACACCAGCAGCUCGAACCCCGCGGGCGUCACCUGUUCGAGUUCGGUCAGCUCUAGCUCGAGCUCAUGCAUCACAAGCUCGAGCACUAUCACUGUGACCAGCCCGCAAAGCACCAGCGGUGUGAGUGUGGCCACCGUGAGCGUGUCGAGUACUGUGACCGUUGCGAGCAACGUGUCCGUCAGCGGGACGCCCAGCCCGGCCAGUCAGCCCAGCUCUAGUCAGCCGUCCACGGAGACGCCACCAGCUCAGCCCGCGCAGCCUGAACUACCGACGGCCACUGUCACCACCAGCACCACUACAGUCAUUACUACGACGGCGGUGUCGAGCGGCGCUUCCGUCAGCUGUGCCACCGGUGUGAUGGUGAGCGGAGUGACCCUCACCGUGGUGAGUGGACCGCCAGGAGGGAGCAGCGCCCCCACCAUCACACAGACGACAUCCUCGGCUACAUCCACCGCCACCGACACAGCGGCAUCGGAGGCCAACAGCACGCCUUCUUCUACCAUCGCGAGCACCACUGCCACCCUGACGCCUGUAAGCAGUACAUGCACGGUAUGCUCGGUGGCGGCGGCAACCAGGGCGGUGGCCCCGUCACAGGCAUCUCAAUACGGCUUGGACCCGUCCGUUGUGGGGGCCCGGGUGUGCGAGGGUUGUCACUGCCGAUGUGUGAGAGCCCGCCGGAGUAGGUGCACGGUGCCAUCCUGUGCUGGACCGAGAGUCAAACGGCUACGUCACCUGCCGCCACGCUGGCACGAUCUCCCGCAAGAUCUAAAGAGACCGAUCAUGGAUGAAUUCCAGAUACCGAGCGACCUCAGCAAGUGCUGCCUGACCUGUUUCAAAAGGAUAACACGUCGUUUGGACACGAUUGGAGAAGGUGGAUCUGCCCCGGAACCGACCGAGGAUGAAGCGGCAAGGUUCAGAGCUCUUCUCAGGGAGCACGGCACGGCCUGGGAGAGGAUGGCCACCGCCAGCGGUAGGACGCCGGCCAGCCUGAAGGCCUUCUACUUCACUUACAGGAAGAAACUGCAACUCGAUACUUUGAUAAGUGAGAGGAAUCCGACCAGAGGCAGCGACACGGACGACAGUAUCCUUAGUUCGGGAGACACGGACACCGCGAGUGCGGAGUCUCCGCGACCCCCGCCGCUCCCGGGUCCGCGGACUGAUGCCGUGGCGCCCCGGAGACACAGGAGGGACGAAUAUGAUUCAUCCGCCACCGAGACGGCCGACGAGGAAAACGAUGCACCCAGUACUAAGACUGUGAACGCAGUAUCAGUAACCACGGGGGUGACGACGGUGCCGCCGGGGGUGACGGUGACAGGAGUAUCGGGCACUACGAGCGGGGCGGGGGUCACCGGGGUCAGCGGGGUCUCCGCGGCAGGAGCGGGUAGUAACGGCUCCGGGCCUCUGACGGUUCGCGACGUGGUUCUCAACAUGAUCGAGGUCAGCCUCAUGAAGAACUCCCGCCCGCCUCCGCUGCCGCACACACAUUCUAUGCACCAGGCGCCCAAGGUUAAUGUGUCUUCGGGCCACGAGUCCCUGGCCACUCUGACAGUAGUGAGCGGUGCUGGACACGAGCACUCCCCGCGGUCUCCACAGCGUGCCACUAUCACGCCGCUAGCGGACAAGGACCUCAUGGUUCUUCACAUAGAACCACGCGCGCCUGAGUCGCUGCUCGACCUCAGCGUCAAGAGACCACGCCACGAUCCGCCGAAGCCGCAACAAGCUCACCGGAACACUGAAUACUCGCCGUACCGAGCCCAGGAGCGUGAAUCUCCGACGCAGUACAAUUCCAAACCGAAGCCGGUCGCAUCCCCCAGACAGACUCUCAAGUUGCCAACCAAUCCGAAAGGUUCUAUCACACUGGGAACCCCAGUCGAGUCACGUUUCGAGACGCAGCGUAUGCAGUCUGACCCCAAGACUGGUUCCAUAACUGCCGGGACCCCGGUCCAUGCGCCACACCAUCUUCCGGAGAAGAGGAACUUCGAUUACUACAAGAGGAGGAGCCCAGGGGGAGCAUACGCAUACUCGGCCGCCCCCAAUCAGCCUCGGCCGCAGUCACCGUCGUUCUCAAACCAGCCGAGUACGGGCGCAGUGUCUCGAGGUCCAUACGGUCACGAGCGGCGGCAGAUCAUGCUGACGGACUUUAUCACGUCGCAGCAGAUGCACGGUGGAGCCAGACGCAGCGAGCAGCCCCAUGCUCAGCACGGACAGCACGCGCAGCACGCGCAGCAUGGACAACUCGUCCAUCGCCGGGACAGGGAUAGCGUGUCCGUCAUACAGAGACAUACACACACGUACUCGCAUCCGCCGCCCGGUCACGAGGCGUUCACGUCUCUAGUGAACGCGGCGUCAGCGGCUCCCGCCCUCCCCGUCCCCCGGAGGGAGGAACCUGCGUCGCCGCCCGUACACCACCAACCGCACCUCCAGCACCACCAGCACCAGCAGCAUCAUCAACAACACGAACAGAUCCGGGGACCCCGGGAAUUUGCUAUGGCGCAAAAAUACGCACAGUACUCAACGGAUAGACGAGCUCCGCCUAGAGACAGUCGGGAGCGCAUGGUGCCUAUCCAAGAACGCCAUUACGUGAUCGAACAGCAUAAUCCACACAACCCUCACGGGCAGCACAACCAGCAGCAGCAGCAACAGCAGCAUCACCAACAUCAACAGCAACAGCAACAGAUGAUGAUUGACAGACACCACUUAAACCAUGGCCAGCAGAACGUAUCCUCGAGCGAGGAGCGUCGGUCGAGUAGUGGCAAUUAUAAUACGACUAACAAGAGGCAGAUACAUCCCAUGGAACGGAAAGAAUGUCGGCCAACUGUGAGUGUUACAAGCGUCCCCAUAAUGAGCACGGUCGUCAGCACACCCACCAGCGUAUGCGUGAGUUCUGGCGUUGGCGCCGGUGUCGGCGUGAGUGCGGGUGUGGGCACAGGCGGGGCCUCAGCGGACCGCGCACGGCCCGGAGACGGCACGCUCACGGCCGCCUCGCUCAUCAACGCCAUUAUCACGCAUCAGAUAAACCAAUCCAGUGAUCAACGGUUUCCACCCAAGAUAAUACGUGAAAAUGAAACUUCUCAGCAGCCAGAGCUCCCGAGAGACCUGCCAAGAGACAUGCCCCGUGAGCUGCCUCGCGAACUGUCCCGGGACAUGCCUCGGGACGGAGAGAGGGAGGAGCCGCCGGGACACACCACUAGCAUCAAACUCGGCGAUCUCGCGUCCAACAUCAUAGUCAGAGACUUCAGCAGCCCGAACACCACUUCACUCAUGCACCAUAAUACCAAUAAUCGUUUUGCCGUGUCGAGUGCCGACUCGUACACCAGCGGCGGAGCUGGUGGAGGAGCGGCCGCCGGUGGAGGACAAGCAGAGGAGUGGAGGAGGGAGGCUCCCAAACACGCUCCAUAUCUGGAGCCAGUGUCGCCUCCAGACAAUCAUCACUCAGGUCGUAGCUCGGCCGGUGGCGGAACUGGCGCCGGCGCAGGCGGUCGUCGGUACAGCGCAGUCGGCGUGGGCGUGGGUGGUGGAGUUCUCACGGCCUACGACUACGUGAAGACUCGCAUCGUGGAGGUGAUGCGGAGUGACUCGGACGAGCGCGCCAAGCCGCUCACCUUCCCCACGGCCUACGCGUACCCGUACUCGGCUCUGAACGUCGCGACGCCCACGGCUCCUCCGCCGGCCCAGGCCUCGGCUCAGUUGGACCCGCCGGCCGUGGCAGUGUCCGUGGGCGGCGGGCAGCCCGAGCCGGCUCCGCUCAUGUCUGCUCAGUACGAGCCGUUGUCGGACGAGGACUGACGUCCCCGAGGCGGAGCGCGCAUGGCGCCCCCGUAGCGCCGUGUACGGCGGUCCGUCAUCCGACGAGCCCGCCCGCCUCCGACCGGUUAAGGAUUUGACGACGACGACGGCGUCUCCGAGGGUCGACGACGAGGAGUGUGUCGUGUGAUCGAGUGUUGUUGUCGUGUGUCGCCGUGGACGUGGACUAAGGACCUGUUAAUAUUGUAUCGUUAUUUAUUUGUUGUUUCGUCUAAUAACGCGGAGGCUCCGUGCGACGUUCCUCUAUAUUCACUAUCGAUGUAGAACCCGAUGCGAGGACUAUUCGGUGUAUUAUAUAAUUGUAAUGUAACAUUUUAAUGUCUGUUCGUUGUGUCGACUACUAUCGUCCACCUCCCCUAUAUUUCUGAGCGUGGUGUCCGGUAUCGGCUUGUCAUGUAAUCCUUGUGUAGGAACACUGCUGCAGCUCGUACCUCUGUCAUUUUCCGUAGCAGCCUGAUGCCAGCGACAUGUAUCUACCCAGUCUUCCAUCACAACACCGGUAGUGUAGGAUCGCCGUGCGACUUCGUCCAUAUCUACCUAAGUACUUGUAAAUUAUGUAUAGUUUGUACAGACGACCGUGCCCGUACAUGUCACUGUUCCCUCGCUCCACGGGCGGCGUCGCCUCUAGCUUUAUGUAAGUUUAUUAUUUCCCGUAGCUUUGCUUCGGAUUUCGCUGUCACACCUUUCACUUGAUUUAGUCUACGCGUAGUUUAAUUUUCAUCGAUCGUUUCGUGUAAAUAUCGCAUCCGUUUGUCUGUGUAUAAAUUUGCCCGCAGCGAAGUCCGGAUCGCGCUCCCGGAUGCCGUAAGAACUGUUAAGACCCUUAUAUAUAGUGUAAACACGAUUUUCGGAUUAUGAAACGAUAAUAUACAUAUUGAUGUAAAAGUGUAUGGUUAUUAUGUAUACAUACUGUGCAUUUGUAAUUAUACUGUUUAGAGUAAUGAUUAUGAUAGAGAUUUUCUUUUUCUAGUUAGGUUGGUCUAUUGGACCGAGUAUAAAUAUUGAACGGAAGCGGGCUAUGAAUGCGUGUGAGUAUGUGCGUGCUAGCGCCUGUUCGUAUGGGUUUGUGUGUAUGUGUGUGUUGUGUGCGUGUAUGUGUAUGCACGUGCAUGCAUGUAUGUAUCAGUCCGUGAAGAGCGCUGCCGUUCGCCUUUGAGCAUUUUGUUUUGUAUUAUUUUGACUGCGUGCGUCUCAAACAUUACCUUAAAAAUAUAUAUAGUAAUAUUGUUAUAAGUAUCGUUUUACACAUUCUUAUUUGUUGCUGGACAUUUUUAAUAUGUUUGAUGUACUAAAAAUGUUUUAAUUUAGUUUAAAAGCAAUUGUUUGAUGGUAGUGGUUAGAUACGCAAGCAGGUGUGAUGUACAUGUUUUCAAAUAUUGUGUAAAAACGACUGAUUAAAUUAAUUUGUCUGAACGUUCGCGCUCGGGGGCGUGCGGCGGCGACUCACUUGUGAUUUCUUUUUAAAGUGUAACGUAUUGUAAGUAGUCGAAACAAAAGAUAAUCCAUGUAAGCCCAAUCGUAAGCGAAAACAAAGUUUUGGGAGGACAGAUCAAUAAAUAAGAUGCAAAUCUA